CCGACAAUUUAAAUUUGAAAAACACAUUGUUUACAAAAAAUUUUGUCCAAUUUAUUCAGUGAAAAAUCUGUGAUUUAAGUGCUCAAUAGCUAUAUAAACAGAAUAUUGUGCGUCUCUAAGUGUUCUUAAGUUAAUAAUAAGCAGGACUAAACUGUAAUUCAGUAAAAAUAUCAAGAAUUAUUCAAAUUAAAAAGGAAAAUUCUCAAAUUUACUGGAUCUUGAUAUAAAGCUACUUUUGUAAGCUAAACGUGCGUUCAAAAGAUCAAUUAAGCAUGGCUCGUAUAGUUUUGCAUCUACAUGACGGUGAUGAUGAUUCGGGCAGUCCACAAAAAAUUGUCCAGGAAGCAAAUAAUGAGACUGAGACAACAAAAACUCAGCCACAAGAAGCUCUGCCAGAGAAUUCAUUAGUUGUGGAAAUAUCCGAUGCAUUGAGCGAAAAGGAUCGUGUCAAAUUCACUGUACAUACAAGAACAACGAUGGCUUGCUUUGCAAAGCAAGACUUCUUAGUUGUGCGUCAGCAUGAAGAAUUUGUUUGGUUGCAUGACAGAUUCGAGGAGAAUGAAGAAUAUGCUGGAUAUAUAAUACCUCCAGUUCCGCCACGUCCUGAUUUUGAUGCUUCUCGCGAGAAACUGCAAAGACUUGGUGAGGGCGAGGGAUGCAUGACAAAAGAAGAAUUUAAGAAGAUGAAAGCCGAACUUGAGGCUGAAUAUUUAGCAACUUUUAAGAAGACGGUUGCUAUGCACGAAGUAUUCCUUCAAAGACUAUCUGCACAUUCCGUAUUCCGUACUGAUUCACAUUUAAAAGUUUUCCUUGAAUAUGAUCAAGAUUUGUGCGCAAAGCCACGUAAAAAGAUGGAUUUAAUAGGCGGAUUAGUUCGUAAUUUAAGUAAGACAACCGAUGAGCUGUACUUAGGUGCGACUGUACGUGAUGUCAAUGACUUUUUCGAGAAUGAAAUGCAAUUUUUGACUGAAUAUCAUGCACAUUUAAAAGAAGGUGCUACUCGUAGCGAGCGAAUGGCUAAGAAGCAUAAGGAACUUGCUGAUAGUUAUAUUAAAAUUUCGUCAUCUCUAAUCCAGCUCUCGACAACUGAAUCUGGUUCAAUGGAAAAGUUUUCAGCUAAAACAGCAGAUAUAUUUGAGAAAAUGAGAAAUAUGGAAGGACGUGUUGCUAGUGAUCAAGAUUUAAAGCUUGUUGAUACACUAAAGUAUUAUCAAAGAGAUAGUAAUGCAGCCAAGGCAUUGUUGGUGCGUAGAUUAAGAUGUUUGGCUUCGUACGAAAAUGCAAAUAGGAAUCUCGAGAAAGCACGUCAAAAGAAUAAAGAUGUUCAUGGUGCCGAGGACAUCCAAACAAAAGCUUGUGAGAAAUUCGAAGCGAUGUCGGCGAGAGGAAAGGAAGAACUAAUGUCAUUCCGUAAACGACGCGUAGCUGCCUUUAAAAAGAGCUUAAUAGAACUUGCCGAAUUGGAAGUAAAGCAUGCCAAAACCCAAUACGAUUUUCUACGUCAAAGCCUCGAAGAUAGCUUAAUAAAGUUGCAAGAUAUCUAAAAAAUUUGGUUUGCAGCUUAUUUGUGUGUCCAUGGAACAAAUUGUGCUUUUUUGAUAAAUUCUAUGCAAAUCAGCUGUGCAAAAAAAACUAAAACAACAAUAUUAUAUUUAACUAUUAAUACCUAGUAUUGAUAAGAUGGAAAAGAUUUUUCUAAAUAUUAUUCCUCAUUAUGCAUUAUUUUGAUUAUGAUUAUUAUCAUUUAAUGAGAUAUAAAAAAAUUAUAAUUAUCAGUUGACUUUUUAUACGAUAAAAUCCUCAAACUGCUGCUUCCUUAUCAAAUUUGUUAUUCUGUGGAUUUAAAAAAUAAUUAUUUAAGCAACAAAAAGCGUCGGAGACAAUUUGAGUGAUUUGAAUAUUGUGGUUUAGGGGUCGACCGUUAACUGGAUACACCCCCUGCUGUGGAUUUUGUCUUCAGCUUGUCCAUCCAUCAUAAUCAUCUUAUAGUCGUCUACAAAUCAGUGAGCAAAUGCUUUAUAGCAGCUUGGGAUGCUCCAAUUAUGAACUACUCCAAAGCUUGUUUGAAAACAAAAUCUGACAAAAUUUGAAGAGGAUACAAAAGCAAUAAUCUAAAACAUCAAUUUCCAAAAGGAAUUUAAGUAGUUCAAUGGAAAACUCGUGUUUUUCUCAAUUCGAUACGCAAUUUUAUUGCUGAUUUCAAGGAAUCAAUAUUUUUAUACAUAAAGUGGUGAAAAAUAUCAAAUUGAACUAUGGUAAUAAAUCCUGGAAAAUAAGUAAUUAGUAGCUAGGAUUUUAAUCCUCAUCGAUAAAUUUAACAGGCUAUCAGAAGUGGAUUUUGAAAAUAAUUAGAGCAAAUAACUUAAAGAAUUCCUG